CGCGGUAUAUUAUAGUGGAUGGGCUGUGCUUAAUUAUCGUUUUAAAAACAUUAACUCCGAAAAUUAUGGAACCAGAAAAUGUUUUAUUGAAUGUUUAUGAUAUGCACUGGUCUAACUAUUUAACUGACUGGUUGGGCCUCGGUUGUUAUCAUUCUGCGGUUGAAGUUUAUAAGCGAGAAUAUGCUUUUGGAGGUGGUGACACGCCCAAAACAGGAAUAUUCGUAACUGCUCCAAGACAACUCGAAAAGGAGAUAGAAGAAUUAAAAUACAAAAUGACAAUUUUUUUAGGAACUACGACUUUAAGUGAAGAUGAAGUGCAGGAGUUAGCCCUAAGUCUCGCUUGCAACUACAGCGCUCGAUCUUAUCAUCUGCUAGAAAAAAAUUGUAAUCACUUUUCUGAAGACUUUGCUAAACGCCUCUGCGGCGUCGAUAUAAAUUUUCCUAUUUGGGUUAAUAAGUUGGCCGCUUACGCUAAAACAGUGCCCUGGCUUAUUCCAUCCACCCACUUGAAUCCUCCGACCUCCCCUCCGCUUCCCGAAAAUACUGAAAAUGCUUGCGAAUCUUAUACAAGUGUUAACGGAAAAAAUUGA